GCCGGCACUGCGGCCGAAAUGUGGGCUGGCUCGGCCUCCGCGGUUUUGGCGUCGCGCUUCGGCGCCAUGAAGCACGAUGUCAGGCUGCAGUGCAGCCGCAGCCGGUGCCAGACUUCAAGGAGUCACAAGCUCAGCCCACUGGCGAGCAGCGAAAUUCGCUGCUGACUUCUCAGAUGGAGGAGCUGCAAAGACAGCAAGCACUGAGCAGAGGUUCCUGCACGCCGCGGCAUCUGAAGCGCCAUGGUCUUGUGAGAUUCAGCAGCAGGGACGAAGCCCUUGUCAGCGACAUCUUCACAUAG